GGAUUAUUAUAUUUCUAUCAUAUCACUAUAAAACCUCUUAAUUAGAAAUCCACUCAUACCCGACAAAUUAACAAAUCCAAACAAGCCAUCGAAAAUGAAGAAUAAUCACAUUAUAUUUCUCCUUUCCCUCUUCUUCAUGAUCCUUAAUGGCUUUGUUUCAUGUAGUGAAGAAACAAAGGUGUAUGUAGUGUACCUUGGAGAGCACAGUGGAGAGAAGACAUUGAAAGAAAUAGAAGAUCACCACUGCUCAUUUCUUCAUUCAGUCAAGGGUACUACUUCCAAAGAAGAUGUUAGAGCAUCACUACUUCACAGCUACAAGAACGUCAUCAAUGGCUUCUCCGCCUUGUUAACACCACAAGAAGCCGAUAUGAUAUCAGGGAUGGAAGGGGUAAUAUCAGUUUUUCAUAGUGAUCCUCAUGAAAUAAAGCCUCAUACUACUAGAUCUUGGGACUUUGUGAGCUUGCUGGAAGGGACUUCGCUAAUAAAUUCUGGAGAAGAUUUGCUGGAAAAGGCAAGUUAUGGAAAGGACAUUAUUGUUGGGGUUAUGGACAGUGGGGUGUGGCCAGAAUCUUCAAGUUUCAAUGAUGAAGGAAUGGAACCAGUUCCAAAGUCAUGGAAAGGAAUUUGCCAAGAAGGUGUUGCCUUCAAUGCCUCCCAUUGCAACAGGAAAUUAAUUGGAGCGCGAUACUAUUUAAAAAGUUACGAGGCAAACUUUGGUCCACUUGACGAGACAAGGGACUUUCGUUCACCAAGAGACAGAGACGGUCAUGGUACUCACACAGCAGCGACAGUGGGUGGUCGUAGAGUAGCAAAUGCAUCAGCAAUUGGUGGAUUUGCAAUGGGUACAGCCAGUGGAGGUGCCCCGAAUGUUCGUCUUGCCAUCUAUAAAGUAUGUUGGCCUGCUCCAGAACAGAGCUUAUCUGAGUUAGCUACAUGCCUUAUAGAUGACACUAUUGCUGCUUUUGAUGAUGCUAUAGCUGAUGGGGUUCAUGUACUCAGUGUUUCACUAGGGUCUAUACCUAAAACAACGUAUUACACACAGAAUGGGAUUGCGAUUGGAUCUUUGCAUGCGGUGAAGAGGAAUAUUAUAGUAGCUUGUAGUGCUGGAAAUAAUGGCCCGACGGCUUCAACUGUCGCAAAUGUAGCACCAUGGAUUAUCACUGUUGGUGCAAGUAGUAUUGAUCGAGUUUUUUCAUCUCCAAUUAUGCUCGGAAAUGGAAUGAUCGUCGAGGGACAAACAGUAACUCCAAUAAGGAGGAGGAGGUUGCAUCCUCUGGUUUAUGCAGGAGAUGUAGAAAUUAGAGGAACUACGACAACCGCUACAACCGGAGUAUGUCGUCCUGGUACACUAUCAAGAAAUCUUGUUAGAGGAAAAGUUGUCCUAUGCAGAGGUGGUGGUAUACAGGCAUCAAUGGAAGUGAAAAGAGCUGGAGGUGUUGCAGCUAUUUUAGCAACUCCAUUUAGUGAGAUACAAGUCACCCCUUUUUUGUAUCCCACAACAGUUGCUUUCUCAGAUGGCCUAAAUACAAUUCGAAAAUAUAUACAGACUGAAAAAAAUCCAAUGGCAACACUUCUCCCAGGGAACACAUUGAUUGGUACCAAGCCAGCACCUGUCAUGGCUCUUUUCAGUUCCAAGGGACCAAAUAGUGUCGAUCCUAACAUUCUCAAGCCAGACAUAACUGCUCCUGGAUUUAACAUACUAGCCGCUUGGAGCGAGGCAUCAUCUCCCUUGAAAUUGCCAGAGGAUCGUCGAGUUGUUAAGUACAACAUGCAGUCUGGAACUUCCAUGUCUUGCCCACAUGUUUCUGCUGUAAUUGCACUUUUAAAAUCUAUUCAUCCAAAUUGGAGUAGUGCUGCAAUCAGAUCAGCUCUAAUGACCACUUCAACAAUCAAUAAUGUAGUUGGUAGGCCAAUAACAAAUGCAACUGGUGAUGAUGCAACCCCCUUUGAAUACGGAGCUGGACAUUUCAGGCCAUCAAGAGCAGCAGAUCCUGGACUUAUUUAUGAUGCUACGUACAAUGAUUAUCUUCUAUAUCUCUGUAGUCAAAACAUAAGCCUAGAUUUGUCGUUCAACUGCCCUGAGAAAGUACCCCACCCGAGCAACCUGAACUAUCCAUCACUUGCAAUAGCUAACAUCAAUGGAUCAAGCAGGAUUGUCAGAAGAGUCGUUACAAAUGUUGGAAAAGAUAAUUCGACUUAUGUUUUAGCUGUGAGGUCACCUCCGGGAUAUGUUGUUGAUAUUGUUCCAAAAACGUUGCGCUUCAGCAAGUUGGAAGAGAAACGUAGCUUCAAUAUAACAGUUAGAGCAGAAAGUAGUGUUGAAAGGAGAAAUGAGUUUGCCUUUGGUUGGUACACAUGGAGUGAUGGAGUCCAUGUGGUUCGAAGUCCCAUUGCAGUAUCAUCAUCAACAUAACUUCCACUAUUGUGAAUAGUGCCCAAAAUAUUUCAGUGUUAUAUUAACUGAAGCAUGAUCAUGCGAAUGAAUUGUACUAUGCGAAAUAUAGAAGUUACUAUCUCGUUGCUCCACUCAUUUGUAUACAUAUACAUUAUUUGAUUAACUCUAUAUUUUCUCCCAAA